AUGUCGCCUUGUGUGCCCCUCAUAAUCUCCACCAGAGUGGCUUCGGCUGCUAGACAUCACGCCGCACGAGGAAGCGCCAUUUGUCUCUCCACAAGAUGCUCUACUCCAUCGCAAACAAGAUGGAGUAGACUAGAUAGCCGCCGUUCCCUGUCCUCGCACACAGGACCCAAGCACUCAAGCCAGAGACGAUGGGUAUCGGUUGUGGUUGCAUCGGCCACUGCACUCGGUGUGCUGUUCAUGUAUCGCCAGCGGCCAGUUCGGAUGGACUCGUCAUCGUACAAAUCCCCCGGGGAAAGACCGCCCAAACUCGCGGAGAAGUCCGUGUUUGCCCCCCCCUUCCUCGAAAGUCAAGACGGAAAGUUGGAUGCGCGAAUGCAGUUUUACGAGGCCCUUGCUGAAGAUUCGAUUGAAGUCGACAGCCUCCCUAGGGAGCAGGCCAUACUUACACAAGCGCCCUAUGUCCCACCAGCCAUUACUCGGGACUACCCGGUCCUCCUCCAAGUCCCAUUAACCACAUCCACGAAGCUGGCUCAACUCACAAGCCAAUACAAAUACGAACAGUGGACAUUCAAUGACACGGUCCCCGGCCCAUUCAUCCGCGCGCGAGUCGGCGACGUGGUAGACAUGGAGUUCACCAACAAAGACAUCACGGGCAACCCGCACAACAUCGACAGCCACGCGUUCACCGGGCCCGGGGGCGGCGCGGCCCUAACCACCACCGAAGAGAACGAAACCAAGUCCGCACGGUUCAAGCUCCUCACGCCAGGCCUGUACCUGUACCACUGCGCGGCGGCCCCCGUGCCCGUGCACAUCGCCAACGGCAUGUACGGGCUGAUCUACGUGCAGCCGGCGGAAGGGGACCUGCCGCCCGUGGACCGCGAGUUCUACGUCAUGCAGAGCGAGUUCUACCACGAGCCGCCCGAGAUCAUGGACGACGGCCGCCCGUCCAAGACGGUCGAGUUCUCGUACCCGAACGGCCUGGCCGAGGAGCCGAAUAUCGUCGUUUUUAACGGGAGCGAGUCGGCCCUGACGAGGGAUAAGCCCCUGAAAGCGCAUACUGGGGAGACGGUGCGGGUGUUCUUUGGGAACGCGGGCCCGAAUCUGACGAGCUCGUUUCAUGUCAUUGGGAGCAACUUUCAUAGUGUUUACCGGGACGGUGAUGUGUUGAGCCCACCGGGCCGCUUCGUGUCGACGGUAACCGUGCCUCCGGGAGGGGCGACGGUGGUUGACAUGAAGAUGGUGGUGCCUGGGACGUACACCCUGGUGGACCACGCCAUUUUCCGGCUGGAUAAGGGGGCGGUGGGGUUCUUGAAUGUUUCUGGGAAGCCGCGGGAGGAUGUGUUUGGAAGUUCGCAGCCGCCUGCCCCGUGUGUUGGAUGCAAACUACAUGCUUAA